AUGCCUUGAACGGAGAUGCUUUUUGGAACAACACCCAAUGGACGCGCCAGGCACAAAGUCCACCCUUCGCCAAUCGUUUCCUGUAUUUUGUGUUCGUUAUUCGAGAAUCAGUCAUUCAUUCACUCGUCGUUCCGCGGUGUCGGGUGACCUUUUGAUCAUUUCUACACUACUGCUAUCCUUGUUUUAUGGUUCAACGUGUCGAAGGACACCUGCAGCUGGCAACUCCUCACACAAAGAACUGUCCACUCCUUAGGUCGACCGCCCUGUGUUUUGUAGCGACCAAGCGCACUCUGCCUGGCGCAGAGCGAGCCUCCAAGAAAUUCGACGACAAGAUCCUUUCCAAGUCCGCGGUCGAUAUUUUAGGUUACAUACAGUGUUUUCACCGCCGACAUGGGAUUAGACCGCAUGGGCGGUUCGCCCAGGAUCUUGGGAGCGUCGUUACGGAGUAUUUGUUUGAGCACUUUGACUGUUCAGUUUUCUGCAUUCAUAUUGCUGCUCCAUUAUUCUCGGGUUAUGCCCACCCCGGACGGACACCGCUACCUUCCCUCGACCGCCGUUUUCCUGGUCGAAGUUCUCAAACUGGUAGUAUGCCUCACGAUCGCCCUCUACGAAAUCUCCCUAUCCUUACCGCAAUCUACGACCGCGACGGUCCUGCUGGGCGCGUUGAGCAACGCCAUCUUUGGAGGCGAUUCAUGGAAGAUUGCGAUUCCGGCAUGCCUUUGGACAUUGGCAAACAGCCUGCAAUACGUUGCGAUAUCCAACCUUGAUGCGGCGACGUUCCAUGUGACAUACCAAUUCAAAAUCCUCGUGACGGCGGUCCUGAGUGUUCUGAUCCUGCGAAGGUCGAUUUCGGUUAGACAAUGGAUCUCCCUCGUCUUCCUCAUGGUAGGAGUCGUGAUCGUUUCAUGGCCGCACGAAGCCUCGCCAGCACUCGCGUCAAGCCAUCAUGCACGAAUCUACGUGUCGAGGUCUACUAAUCCCUUGCGAGAACACUUCAAAUUGAGUGGAGCUGGUUCUCGCCUUGCGAAAAGAUCAGCCACCUACGAAGGCAUUGAAGAGGACGAAUUGGCUCUGGACACACCUGGCAUGGAUGCUUCGGCAGGACUUCUCGCGGUAGUUGGUGUCUGCGUCGCCUCCGGUCUUGCUGGCGUCUACUUUGAGAAGGUCAUUAAGGAGUCUCCCAAAGCUACGUCCAUGUGGAUUCGUAAUGUCCAGCUGUCGAUCUAUUCACUUUUCCCGGCGUUCUUCGUUGGGAUUAUCUUCCUGGACGGCGAGACAGUGGCCAAGUAUGGCUUCUUUGCAGGUUACAAUUCAGUUGUUGUCGCGUCCAUCCUCGUGCAAACAGUCGGCGCUGUUGUUGCAGCUUUUGCAAUCUAUUAUGCGGACAACAUCUCCAAGAACUUUGCCUUGAGUAUAAGCAUGGUACUCAGCAGCUUGGCGAGCUUUGUAUUCUUUGACUACACUUUGACUGCUCAUUUUCUCCUUGGUGCGUCCAUUGUGCUUGCCAGCACGUUCCUGUACAACGCCGAAGCAUCUCGGGUACAAAGAGCGCCAGCAAUCAGGAUAUACAGUGACGAGAAGUCGUCCCUCGACACUGUGGCAGACAUGCAUGACAUGUCAAUACAAAUCCCCAAGACUCCAUUGAGUCAUGAACAUACCGCACUGGCGACAUCACGGCCCGGGACGAUGGGUCUACGAUUGGAAAAGCAAAGCACUCUGGAUACACUACACGUGCUCGGGAAGCAGAAUGCUUAUGAUGGAUGUAAUAAUACUCAGCAGGCUUUCCACAGAUUUGUACUAGGUCAUCGCUGGAGUACAAGACACGAGAAUGUAUCAAUAGGUGAGAGAUGGUCACGUGCUGCAGUGACUUAUGCAUCUCGCCCACCUGCAUCCCCCAUCUCGGCCUGGAUGACAAUACUUCUUUUCUGCUUGACAACCUUCUGUGCUACACUGGUCGGCAUCCACACUUGCACAGCCUGUCCAUCCUGGCAGCCCACAUACUGCGUCAUGGAUCCCACCAAACGCAUUCUCCCCAAUUUCAGAUCUGAUUCUAUAGCUGGUUCGGGCACAAUGCCUCCGAUCCAGCGGCCGGAACUCAGAUCACGGACCUCUUAUACUGCCGCUGAGCGGUACUUCUCUCAGACUCUUCCGCAAGCACGCUCAGCACGAACCCUGCUCAAUCAGCCAUUCCGUGAUGAAGCCGACAAUGAUCUAGACGAGUUCGACAGACGGCUCCUUGCAGAGGGUACACAAACCUACAGCUUCCAUCCUUCUCAAGUCUCCGCACGAACGGCUCUAUCAAAACCGCCACAAACACCAGUCAUGAGCAACACAGACGCCUCGGCAACAUCAUCAUUCGGUGGCCGGCGUAACACUCUGACACUACAACCUCCUACCUCCUCACCAGGUCAGCCGAUGACAAGCCCUACCACACACGUCCUCGGUAACCGCCAGAAAAGCAAGAACAACCCACCAAGAGGCUUGAAUCUCCUACUGGAGCAACCUUAUACAAGCCACGAACAGAGAUCAAAGGUUGACCACCCAGAACACCGUCCACUUUCGACUAAUAUGUCUGGUCACCCCUUGCCCAUUGUACAAGGGAUACAGCUGGUGCCCUCUACAGCACUACCUGACCAGCUUCGCUCGGUCUUCAAGUUUGAGAUAUUCAAUGCGGUUCAGUCCAAGUGCUUUGCUCACGCUUUCAAAACCGAUGACAAUCUUGUUGUCUCUGCCCCGACAGGGAGCGGCAAGACGGUCAUUAUGGAACUCGCAAUAUGUAGAAUCAUGGGCGAAUCGCGUGGCACUGACUUCAAAGUGGUCUACCAAGCGCCUACAAAAUCGCUAUGCUCUGAAAGAUUUGCGGACUGGCAAACGAAGUUUGGUGCUCUCAAUUUGCAGUGUGCUGAACUCACUGGUGACACCGAGCAGAAAGAUUUGCGGAACGUUCAAAGUGCCAACAUCAUCAUAACAACACCGGAGAAGUGGGACAGUGUCACUCGAAAGUGGAAAGAUCACGCAAAGCUCAUACAACUUGUCAAGCUCUUCCUUGUGGAUGAAGUGCACAUUCUGAAAGAGUGGCGAGGUGCAACGUUGGAAGCAGUUGUGUCACGGAUGAAGUCCGUCGCAUCUAGUGUUAGAUUCGUAGCGUUGUCUGCUACGGUACCAAAUUCAGAAGACAUCGCUGCCUGGUUGGGAAGAAAUUCCACUUCCCCCCAUUUACCAGCCAUCAGGGAGGUUUUUGGGGAGACCUUCCGACCAGUCGAACUUAAGAAACAUGUCUACGGGUUUGAGGCAAGAGGCAAUGACUUUGUGUUCGACUCGACGUUGACGCAGCGGCUGCCCGAGAUCAUUUCACAACAUGGACGUGGCAAGCCUGUGAUGAUUUUCUGUUCAACUCGGAAAUCAUCCAUCGCCACCGCGAAGGCGCUGGCAGAAACAUGGUCAAAAUCGAACCCAGCACAUCGUCUCUGGAAGGGCCCGAGCCGACCGGUGUCUUUGACGUGCUCGGAGUUGAGAGUCACAUCUCUUGCCGGGGUGGGUUUCCAUCAUGCCGGUGUAGAUCCGGUCGAUCGACGAGCCGUUGAGCAAGCAUUUCUUCAUGGACAAAUAAAUGUCAUCUGCAGCACUUCUACGCUGGCCGUUGGCGUCAAUCUACCAUGUUAUUUGGUGAUCCUGAAAGGAACUACCGCAUGGACAGCCAAUGGCUUCCAGGAAUACGCCGACUUGGAAGUCAUGCAAAUGCUUGGGAGAGCAGGGCGGCCUCAAUUUGAGACGUCUGCAUGUGCAGUCAUCCUCACGAGGAAAGAAAAGGUGACUCGCUACCAAAAGAUGGUGACAGGAGAAGAAGUCUUGGAAAGUUGUCUGCAUCAAAACUUGAUUGAGCAUCUCAAUGCUGAAAUCGGCCUGGGUACGGUAUACGACCUGCUCACAGCAAAGCAAUGGCUUGGGAGUACCUUUUUGUCUGUGCGCCUGAGGCAGAACCCUGCUCACUAUCAACUCAAAGAGGUGGUUGAUACUCCUGGUGAUGACGACCUCCUGGAUCAGCUAUGCCGAAAGGAUGUAGCAUUACUUACCGAAGCGGGCCUUGUCAACAAGGAACCUCGCUUGACGCUGACGGAGUUCGGAGACGCCAUGGCACGAUACUAUGUCAAUUUCGACACCAUGAAAUCUUUCGUCGGGUUACCUCCUAGAGCCAAGAUGUCAGAAAUUUUGACGGUGCUAGCUGGGGCGAAAGAGUUCCGAGAGGUGCGAUUGCUGGCGAGCGAAAAGUCCUUCUACAGGGAGAUCAACAAAGCCCCUGAAAUAAAGUUCCCCAUCAAAGUCGAUAUUGCCCUUCAGGAGCACAAGAUUUUACUGCUCAUUCAAGCAAAAUUGGGCAAUGUCGCAAUUCCCGAUGCUGAGAACUACAGAAAGCAUCAUCAACAGCACCGUCUUGAUAAAGUCACAGUCUUCAUUCAUGCGAGCCGUUUGAUACGAUGCAUAAUUGACUGUCAGAUCUAUCGGAAGGACGCCGUCUCGGUCAGAAAUGCUCUUGAGCUAAGCCGGAGUCUUGCGGCCCAUGUAUGGGACAACACUGCAAGCCAACUGAGGCAAGUUGAAGGGCUCGGUGAGGUUGCAGUUCGGAAGCUUGCAUCAGCCUCAAUCAACAGCAUUGACACACUCAUCAAUACCGAAGCUUCUCGAAUUGAACUGAUACUGGGGAAGAAUCCACCGUAUGGUCAGACUCUGCUGAAGAAACUCGAAAGCUUCCCUGACUUGCGGGUGUCAAUCAAGGAGACCGGCAGAAAAUUGAAGAGUGGCCAUGGAGCAACAAUCAACGUCGUUGCGCAAGUCGGCUUCCUCAAUAACACUGCGCCACUGGUCUACAAUCGUAGGAUGAUCUACGUCUGUUUCAUCGCAGAGACGUCUGAUGGUGAAUUGGUCGACUUCCGGAGAUGCAAUGCAAAAACGCUGCAGCGAGGCGAAGAGUUUUUCCUCUCUGUGCAGCUUACAAAACCCACUAAUCACAUAAAGUGCUAUGUGAUGUGUGAUGAGGUUGCAGGAACAUGCAAGUAUGCUGAGUUAUACUUGAUCAAUAUUCCCAGUUCGGUGUAUCCCAGGCAACCGGAUGUACAGGUUACUCACAAGGCUGUUUCCUUAGAGAAUGGCAGGAACCCGCCACCCGUUCCAUCGCAAAAUGACGAGGAAUUCGACGACGGCGGGAUUGAUGACCAAGAUCUCCUGUUCAUUGAUGCAAAGGAUUCCAAGAUUGGGGUGAUCGAGGAUAUCGAUGACAUACUUGACCGCGGAGCCGAGACGAAGCACCGCAAGACUUCGGAUGGAUGUGCGAGGGUCAGGGUCCAAGCAAAGUAUGAGCCGGACGAUGACACCGAUGUGUCAACCUAUAAAGAACCAAUGCGACUCCCCAACGGACGGUGGACAUGCCAGCACGAUUGCAACGAGCGGAACAAGAGUUGCAAGCACAAGUGUUGCAAGGAGGGGGUUGUCAGACCCAAACGCCGUCCGAAGGAAGAACCGAAGAUCAGGCAUGGAGACAAAGCACAAACCAAGAUUACCAGCUUGUCAAGCACCAAGCAAAAGAGCGACUCGUCAACCCAGGAGGCUUUGCAAGCAGGUAUGGCGGACGACCUCGCCGAGAAGCGCAAUCAUGGCAUAAGAAGGGUCCGGAAGGCCUCGACUAGUCAUCCUGCAGCCAAGAGGCCGAAAACGUCGACAGCUCAGGAUCCAAUGGACCUUGACCCGGAACUCAGCCUCGAGGGGGCCAAGUCUGGAGCAGAGACGAGACUCCCUGCGAGGGAAGAUGAAGAUCCGAGCCUGGACAACAAGAAGAAGUUCAAAAAGUCUACUGGAAAUCUUGACGACCCUCUCUUCCACUUCUCGGACGACUCGAUGGACGACUGUGACUGUGAUAAGGUCCCGCCAGGCAUCAGCACGCACGCGGAGGGUGUAGGUUUUGACGUACCGGAGCCCACUGACGCAAAGUUAUGUCCGAUAGACGAUAUACCGGAUGGUUUCCUGAUGUCUCAAGUCGACUUCGGCGGAUUCGAACCACCACUUGAGCACGUUGCUCUGUCAGAUGUCCAGAUGUCUGGUGAAAGCUUGUUCAUCACAGGCAACACGUCCAGUCCAAUCAAAGACCACUCUCAUGAAGAGCCAGCUCUCGAAGCAGAGGAGGCUUUCCUCGAAACUUUGGUAGACUUCAGCGAAUGUUUGACGGAAGAGGUUGAGACCAACGGAUCGAUCACUCAGACUGCUGCCGCGAUGGACAGCAGUGAGACCUCUCCCGCGGUCACUACUCCGGAAGACUCAACAUGGCAAGAUGACAGUGGUCCCGCUGGAGAGCUCGUGUCUAGCGUAUCCCUAGACGAAACCGAAGAAGAGAGACGGAAACGGUUGUACGAAGAAGACCAGAAGAAGAAGUGGGAAGGCAUUGAUCAAUGGCUGUAUGAUGAGUUUCACGACUAUGUUGAGAUCAUCUAAGAUGACCAAGAGCUCGGCUGAUGGAAGACGAUGAGAUGUGGUUGCGAGGAGGUCACUCAAGCUGGACCAGUCAGCUGUUAUGGGUAGAAAAGAAUGGGAGACGAGCUCGCAUAAGAGUGCUCGCAGUCAGUUCUAGAGAAGAUGAUUUGAUAUGGUGAAUGCGCUUCUACAACGAGUCGCACUUCGCCUUUGCGGUCAUUCUAUAUUUUGUGUCAGAUCAACUGUGCAUCGUGGUGACUUGCAGUGAAGCCGCAGUGGCAGAAAGCAUCAGAUAUCUGGGAACACCCUCCCAUAGCAAUGAUGAUGAAAGCAGGUUUGGUGUCGAGACAAUGUCAAGUGGCGACUUAGUAC